ACAGCCCCGAGCGCGGCCUGCCGGGGAGGAGGCCCCGCGCCGCCCGCACGGUCGCACGCGGCGCACUCUCACACUUGGAAGCGCCUCCCCGCGUCCCUCCUCUGCCCUCCUCUCGCUGCGCUCUUCUCCUCCUCACCACGAAUAGUCGCGGCCCUCCUGCCAACCCGCCUCCCUCGCGCCCGCUCCCUCAGCAUGACUGACUGGGAAGCGGCGGCUCCGGCAGAGCAGCCCUGCUGGCGCAGGCGGGAGGAGCAGGAGGAUUACUAAAUAACGCCGCUCGGCUCCGUGCAACUGCGAGCGGAGCGAAGCAGCCCCACAGCCACGAAGGGGAGGGAGGGCAGAGGAGGGGGACCAGGAAGGACACCCCCGUGCCCCGAAGACAUAAAUCCCCGAGUGCCCGGGAGGAGCCUUAACGAGCGGCGCGGAACCCUCCAGGCUGCUAAGUUGGCUAUCACAGCGCAAGCCUCAGAGUCCCGAUGGGGGACUCAGGAUCAAGACGAUCUACCUUGGUCUCCCGGUUGCCAAUAUUCAGAAGAAGUAUUAGCAGAAGACAUGAUUCUCUUCCUUCUUCACCUUCUUCCAGUAAUACAGCUGUCGUCCACAGUUCCUCUCCUUCCAGUACUAACUCAAGCUCAGGUAGUACAGGUAAACGCAGGAGCAUAUUCCGCACGCCUUCCAUUAGCUUCCACCAUAAAAAAGGGAGUGAAUCUAAGCAAGAACCUACCAAUCAGAACCUUAGUAUUUCAAAUGGUGCUCAACCCGGUCACAGCAAUAUGCAGAAACUGAGUUUGGAAGAACAUAUUAAAACCAGGGGAAGACAUUCUGUUCGUUUUAGUAGUUCACGAAAUAAGAAGAUAACAAGAUCAUUGACAGAGGAUUUUGAAAGGGAAAAGGAGCACUCAACUAAUAAGAAUGUCUUUAUAAAUUGUCUGAGUUCUGGCAAAAGUGAGGGGGAUGAUUCUGGAUUCACAGAAGAACAAACUCGCCGUUCUGUUAAGGAGUCAACAAGGAAGCUACUCCCUAAAUCUUUUUCAUCUCACUAUAAAUUUUCAAAGCCAGUUGUGCAGAGCCAAUCCAUUUCAUUGGUACAACAGUCAGAAUUCUCAUUGGAAAUUACACAGUACCAAGAGAGAGAACCUGUAUUGGUAAGAGCUUCUACACCGUGUUCUGUGGAUGUAACAGAACGGGCUGGAAGCUCUUUACAAUCUCCUCUGCUUUCUGCUGAUCUUACCACAGCUCAGACACCGUCAGAAUUUUUAGCCUUGACUGAAGAUUCUGUGUCUGAAAUGGAUGCAUUUCCUAAAAGUGGAAGCAUAGCAUCCCACUGUGACAACUUUGGCCACAAUGAUUCUACCUCUCAGAUCUCUCCUAAUCCUGCUGCUGUUACAAAGACGACAAUAGAACUUAUGGGAACUGUUCCCUGUGCAAUUAUGUCUCCUGGGAAAUACAGGUUAGAAGGUCGAUGUAGCACUGAAUCUAAUUCCUCGCCAGAAACCUCUGCUGCUAAUCAGAAGGAAGUGUUAUUGCAAAUCACUGAACUACCUGUUACAAGUAUGAGCAACUCAGAGACUAACCCACCAGUAGAUACUGAAAGAGAAGGAAACAUGGGAUUACAAAAUGGUGAAACAAUGCUGGGGCCAUGCUCCCCAAGGAAACUUGGGUUUUGUGAGCAACAUAAAGCAAUAGCUGAGCGUGUUAAAGGGAUCCAUCCUAUUUCAGAUUCAAAGAUAAUACCCUACUGUGGUGAUCAUCAUAUUUUUAACAAAACAUCGUAUGGAUAUGAAGCAAAUCCUGCCAAAGUCCUUGCCAGUAGCCUCAGUCCGUAUCGUGAAGGAAGAUUUAUAGAGCGGCGACUGCGAUCCUCAUCAGAAGGAACUGCAGGGAGUAGCAGAAUGAUUUUGAAACCAAAAGAUGGAAAUGUAGAAGAAGUUAGUAGUUUAAGAAAGCAAAGAGCGGGCUCCUCGUCUUCAAAAAUGAACAGUAUGGAUGUUUUGAAUAAUUUGGGUUCUUGUGAACUGGAUGAAGAUGAUCUAAUGCUUGAUCUAGAAUUUUUAGAGGAACAGAAUCUUCAUCCUCCGGUUUGCCGGGAGGAUUCAUACCAUUCUGUAGUCUCAUGUGCUGCUGUAGUUCUCACUCCUAUGGAACCGACAAUAGAAAUGAAGAAAAGAGAAGAACCAAAAUUUCCUGAGCCUUCUAAACAGAACCUUUCCCUGAAAUUAGCAAAAGACAUUGAUCAGGAAGCUAGGUGUUCCCAUAUCAGCCGAAUGCCCAGCAGUCCGUCUGCAGAUUGGCCCUUGCAAGGUGUGGAAGAAAACGGAGGCAUAGAUUCUCUGCCGUUCAGGCUGAUGUUACAGGACUGCACAGCGGUGAAGACGUUACUAUUAAAGAUGAAGAGAGUUCUUCAAGAGAGUGCAGAUAUGAGCCCAGCAAGCAGCACGACUUCACUUCCUGUUAGUCCUCUUACUGAAGAGCCAGUGCCUUUUAAGGAUAUAAUGAAAGAUGAAUGCUCCAUGCUCAAGCUGCAGCUGAAAGAGAAGGAUGAACUCAUUUCCCAACUUCAGGAAGAGCUGGAAAAAGUCCGACAUUUACAAAAGGCUUUUGCCUCCAGAGUAGAUAAGUCUACACAGACUGAACUUCUAAGCUAUGAUGGUUUAAACUUGAAAAGACUGGAGGCAGUACAAGGAGGGAGAGAGGUAAGAAAGUUUAAGGAAUAAGGAUAAGGAAAAAUGGUAUAUAUUGAUGGUGAUUGAUGAUAAUUAUGUUGAUAAUGGUGAUGGGGAUGUGUUGAGAGGAAUUGUGUGUACAUAUAGUCUCAUUCACUGUGGUCAAAGAAACCCAUGUUUAUGUAAAUGUAUUAUUUGUGCUUUUUCCUCUGAAACUGAAGAAAACAUUAUUAAAUAUUUUUCUGGUUAGCCAGUAUUGUUUCUGUUAAAACAGAUUUUACAGCAGCAUGGUCCUCUGGGAAGGAGAGGACAGAAAAUCCUUUUAAGCAAAUAUUGCAAUGCAAUAUUAAAAACAAUUUACUGAGAAAUUAGCAAAAUUCUAACAAUGCAAAUAUUUUAGGACAUCUGGGAUUCUUCAUUCUCUGAUCAAAGGCCAUUGUCAUAUGCUACUAGGUUAGUAUGCAUUAUUAGAUAGUGUGAUGUUGCUCUGGUAAGGGUAAUGGUUUUAAAACUUGAAUUAGUUGUCUAUUCCAGAUGUUUUAUAAAGAGGAAAAACUUUUAAUUGCACAAAACAUAAUAACAUAUCAUGUAAUUAUAUACAUUAUUAUUUUCUAAUUCUAACUGAAUGUGAAGACUUAAUAUUACUUAAAAUUAUUUCUAUGCUUAAUGUGUAAAUGCUAUGCUUAUUCUGUGAUCCAGGUUGCUGGGAAGGGUGGAAUAUUUAAUUUAGUAAAUCAGUACUUUCUUAUUGCACAAAAAGUAAUUUCAUUUUUGGUGAUACAUAACAAUUUUGGGGCAAAAGUGAAGGUAUUGUGUCUUACAAAAUGAGAAAAUAAAUCAUACUCUGCUCUCUAUUGGUGGCCUCUCUCUGUAGAAACAUUUCUUCCCUGUUAAAUACAUGGUGUUUGCCAGCUUUCCUUGCUGUUUUAAUUUCCAGUUGUAUGUUUUUAGUAGUUGACAUUUUAGUUUUUAGCGAAUUUGUCAUGUAGGAUCUCUUUUCCUUUUCUCAGCUAUUUUCCAUCUAGAAGAAUCUAUUCUUUUUGAGGGGCACAUAAUAGUUGGCUCACAUCGGCAGAAGAACUGGAGAGGGAGAAAUAUAGAUAAAUGCUCAGAUAUUUUUCAAGUUGUAGGAGAGCAAGAUAAUAAGAGCACGGUUGUCAGUAUGACUGGGAAAAAAUAUGCACUCUGUAAGGAAGAUCUCAGAGCCUUUUAUGGUUUUGUGAGAGUAACUGCUUUCACUCAGACUUGGCCAAAGUAGAUCUACCUAGAGAAAGAACCAAACUCAUCACCUCCUAAGUGAAAGUUCACACCCAAGCAGUACUGCCACAACUUAUGUUUGAUGAUGUGGUGCCUUUAGGAAAGUACAGUGUGGAAUUACUCAGCUUCUCACUGCUGCUUUCUGGUCCAAUAGCAAGUAUGCGUCAAAAGAAGGAAAACUUAAACCCUUUUAUUCAUACAAUGGCAUUGCUAAACAGUGGCAAAAUUCUUCAUUUAUUUUAUUAAGAUGUUGUAGUUUUUUGUGUUAUUCUUAAGAGCAUAAUGGUUGGUUUUUAUCAAAAACAGUGGCUGUUAAAUUUUAUUGCUUAUUUUCUCAUUUCCUCUGAUUUUAUUUGUAUUAUGAAUGUACUUACUGGUAAGGCACUUGGUGAUAAUGUGUUUUAAAUUUUUUAAAAAAUUAUUUUUCUUGAAACUAUUUUGUGGUUUCUGUGAAGGUCAACAUUUUAAUGGCUUACAAUUUAAUGUAUAUAUCUGCAUAGAGAGACAACUUUGAUUUGGACCAUCUUAACGUUAGUGGAAUAAUUGUGAACAAGGUAAGAUCAUCAAAUCAAUGAUAGUCCAGCAGUGUCUUUUCUACCUAACACUUCCAAUUCCUGAAUAGAAAAUAAAUGUUCUCUGUUAAAAUUCAAAACAACUACUUUACUUCCUCCCAGGACAACCCUGGGUUACUUGGGCAUACUUCUGUUCAAUCUAACCAAUUACCCUAGCUUUUCCCACAUCUAAGGAACCUAAUAUGUUUUACCAUAAGAAACUCUAGGGAAGUAUAAGAUAAUUCUGUGACGUAUGUUGUAAAGACUGUUCUGUCAAGUCUCAGGGGCAGAUGAUCUGCAAACAAAGUACAAUUACAGCGUUAAGAACCUUGUGAUAUCUCUUGCUCAAGAAAUGUGACAUGUAUCUCUCUGAUUACUAUGUCCUGUGUCCACAUGUGCCUUACAAGGAUGUACAAAGUACUUCUGAUUACCUUAAGCUGAAAUGUGUGGAUUUACAAAACUCUUAUUCCAGUUUCUUCGAAUUUCUCAUUGUAAUGGCAUUAUGAUUGAUAAAGAUUAAAUGACAAUGACUACUUUUUAAGCAAAAUUUAUUUUUCUUAGUUCCAAUGACAGAUAUUCCCAAUAGGUGUUGAUGAAUGUAAUACUAAGGGCCUAUUACCAAAUAUUUAUAAGAAGGUUUAAGAAAUGUCAUUUAAAAUGUCCUAUUUACUUAUAAAGGUAAUGACAAUAGUUGCAGUAUGCAUGGAAAAUUGAAGCAGGCAGUAAUAUGCUAUUUAGCUAAGUGGUAAAUACUAUUAAAAAGCUAAUUGCUAGACAGAAAGGCCAGAUUUGAGACUACAUGCUGUAUAAAAAUAUAAAUUAAUAGAAGUGAUUAAAAUAUAAAUUACUUUUUCUGAAGGAAAUAGAGAUGGGUAGCAGCUAAAUUGCUAAAAUGUGAAAUAUUUGAAAUAGAUAUUAGCUGUAUAAAAAACCUCCAGUUAUAUCAGUAUUUUUUCAUAUUUAUACAUGCAUACUGUGUAUAUAAAUGGAGGGGGAUGAUUGUAACACAUAAUAACAACCUUGUUUAAAAAGGGAGCUUAGUGGAAUUCUAUAUAAAAUGUGACAAUUUAACAGCUAUUUCUAACUGAGUGUAAACAAACAUUCUUCCUCCAGUGGUAUCUUGCAACUCAUAGAAAAACCUUGGUGAAAAUUCACUGGGUAACACACAUAGAUAAAUCAUUAUAUUUUUUACUUUAAAAAAUUUCUGCUUUCCCAUAUAGUGCUUUUAUUAUUAAAUAUACA